AUGACUUACGCCAAAUCAAAAGAUAAGUUUAAGUAUGAAAUCAUUUUCACGAUGAAACCAUCUUCUACACUAUCAAAGGGCAAGGAACAAAAAGUCGAUAAAGACAAGAGUGGCCGAGGAGGAAUCUGGGCAGCACAAGCCUUACUAUGGGGCGGAGGUGGAAGCAGCCGAUUUGAAACUUACUUGAAGAAUGCUUGCAGGAGAUUUGUCCUGGAGCUAAAGCCCACGUUCAUUGCUGAAGAUAAUACUAACAAAGACAUCAAUGUCGCCUUCUACAAUCUGCCCUUGGUUAAGCGAUUGAGAGAAUUGACUACGGCCGAGAUUAUCUGCCAGGGCAGGGUCGUAUUCACUGGCACUGUGGUGGUGAUUCCCGACAUGUUAGCGUUGGCUUCCUCAGGGGAGAGAGCUGAGUGUUGUAGAGAAGCAUCUCAAUGCAAGAAUGCCUCUGCUGGUCAAGAAUGUGUCAAAGGCGCAUUGGGUGUGAGAGGCCUUUCCUACCGCCUAGCCUUUAUAGCCAAUUCUAUACAGAUUUGUGAUGGUAGAAAAUAUAAUGAUAUCAGGAAGAGGAGGGAUGCUGAUGAUUAUGAUAUCCAGCAGUUCACGGCAGAAGAGUUGAAUGAUAUCCAACGAAUGAGGAAGACUCCUGACUUUUUCAACAAAAUUGUUGAUAGCAUUGCCCCAACCAUUUUCGGCCACCAAGAUAUCAAACGAGCAAUUCUGCUUAUGCUUUUAGGCAAGAUAGCAAAUUUUCCGAUUGGCAGAGGGUUUGAAUGCAGGAGACAUCCCAGGAAGUACCUGCUGGCUCCCUUCCCAGAUCACUUGAUGUCAUUCUACGCCAUGAUAUUGUUGAACAGGCCAGGGGAAUUCACUGGCACUGUGGAGGUGAUUCCCGACAUGUUAGCAUUGGCUCCCUCAGGGGAGAGAGCUGAGUGUCGUAGAGAAGCAUCUCAACGCAAGAAUGCCUCUGCUGGUCAAGAAGGUGUCAAAGGUCUUCGUGCAUUGGGUGUGAGAGACCUUUCCUACCGCCUAGCCUUUAUAGCCAAUUCUAUACAGAUUUGUGAUGGUAGAAAAUAUAAUAAUAUCAGGAAGAGGAGGGAUGCUGAUGAUGAUGAUAUCCAGCAGUUCACAGCAGAAGAGUUGAAUGAUAUCCAACGAAUGAGGAAGACUCCUGACUUCUUCAACAAAAUUGUUGAGAGCAUUGCCCCAACCAUUUUUGGCCACCAAGAUAUCAAACGAGCAAUUCUGCUUAUGCUUUUAGGUGGAGUCCAUAAAUUUACCCACGAAGGAAUCAAUUUGAGGGGUGAUAUCAAUGUCUGUAUUGUGGGCGAUCCCAGCUGUGCAAAGUCUCAGUUCCUCAAGUAUACAUCAGGUCUAGUUCCAAGGUCUGUCUACACAUCGGGGAAGUCUUCAUCCGCUGCUGGGCUAACUGCAACGGUGGCCAAAGAACCGGAAACUGGUGAAUUUUGUAUUGAGGCUGGCGCAUUAAUGCUUGCUGACAAUGGCAUCUGUUGUAUUGAUGAAUUUGACAAGAUGGACAUCAGAGAUCAGUUUGCCAUCCACGAAGCAAUGGAGCAGCAGACUAUAAGCAUUACAAAAGCUGGAAUACAAACAACGUUGAAUGCUCGAACGUCAAUUUUAGCUGCUGCCAAUCCCACUGGGGGACGCUAUGAUAAGACUAAACCAUUGAAGUACAAUGUGGCUCUUCCUCCAGCCAUACUUUCAAGGUUUGAUCUUGUAUAUGUAAUGACUGAUGACCCAGAUGAUCAAACGGAUUACCACAUUGCUCAUCAUAUUGUUAGAGUUCAUCAAAAGCAUAAAAAUGCACUUGCUCCUGCAUUUACAACUGCACAAUUAAAGCGUUACAUGUCAUAUGCAAAGACUCUGAAACCGAACCUGAGCCCAGAAGCUAGGGAAUUAUUGGUGGAAUCUUAUGUUUCUCUUCGCAGAGGAGACAAGCUUUCAGAGGCAAUUGCACGGAGUCAUUUAGAUACUGAGGUGCAACCACGCUAUGUACGUCUUGCUGUGAGAUUGCUUAAGACAUCAAUUAUCAGUGUGGAGUCAAGUGAGAUUGAUCUAUCAGAGUUCCAAGAUGAGUGUCAGGAUAGUGAUGAUGGCAUGGCUGAGCAUGGAGACAGUGUUUCUGGUCAAGGGAAAAAUUCAACUAGUACAGCAACUCAGCAAGCUUCUGAGACCCAAGAAAGUUUAGGAGACACUGGAAGCAGGCAAGGAAAGAAACUGGUAAUAAGUGAUGAAUAUUUUCAGAGGGUUACUCGAGCUCUUGUCAUGCGAAUCAGGCAACACGAAGAGACUGUAAUUCAUGAAGGAACUGGCUUGGCUGGAAUGAGACAGGGAUUUGAUACAAUGGUAUGUAAAUCAGCAAAAUGA